AUGGCCGUCUUCUACGAGACCAUCCCGCAGACUCUCAUCGAAUGGAUCCUCAAGCAGAAGCUGCUCUGGGUCGCCACCGCCCCGCUCUCCGGCGCGGGACACGUCAACGUCUCCCCUAAAGGCGGAAGCUACUUUGGCGUGAUUGAUGAAAAGACCUUUUGGUACAUGGACCUCACCGGCUCCGGCAGCGAGACCAUUGCCCAUCUUCACGAGCCCGGCAACGGCAGGAUCACCGUCAUGUUCAACGCCUUUGAGGGCGCGCCGAAGAUUGUGCGUCUCUGGGGUCACGGCAAGGUGCUGGAGAAUGGCACGAAGCCUUUCGAGGAGUUUAUUGCGGAGCACAAUGUCAAGACCAUUCCCGGCAGUCGAUCCAUCAUCAUCGUAGAUAUCCACCAGGUUGGCAGCUCCUGCGGCUUUUCCGUCCCGUUCUACGAUUUCAAGGAGUUCCGGCCCACCCUCAACGAUCAUUUCGCCAAGCUGGAUGCCAAGCACAAAGCGAGUGGAGAGGUCAAAGACAGCAUGGAUCACUAUUGGGCGUACAAGAAUGCGUGGAGCGUCGACGGCAUGCCCAGUAUGAAACGCGGGCAGGUGAUGCUGAAGAAGCACCACGUUACGCCGUUGAAGAAGAUGGUUGGCCCGAUGGCCCCAACCCACUAUCAGUCUGGUUUCGGCGUCCCGCUAUCGCGUGUCAUCAUGGCAGUCCUGCUCGCCUUCUUUCUCGGCCUCGCUGUAGCAGUGUACGCUCCUGUCUUGAUCACCACCUUAGGCUACCCGAUAGGAACAGCACCGUCAGGACUGAAGACAUUGAAUUCGACACGAGCCUCUUUCGAAGAUGUAGCUGGACUUUUAUGGGGCAACUCAAAGUGA